CACCAUUUAAACGUGAUACUCAUAGUUUCUAUAAAUGAUGUAAUUAUUUCAUUUCUUUAUACUUAAACAGUUCAAAUGUCAAGUCCUAAGCUUCGUAUGAUUACAGUAUUUGUCAUCAAUAUAAAGUUAAACUUAUUAUGCUGAUGUGCAAUGAUUGGCAUCAUUGCGUUUUCUAACUAAUUUGCAUGGUUAUAUAUUUUAUUUAAGCGUGUGGAAUAUUUUACAGAUUGUAGGGAAUUGUAAUUGCAAACUUUUCAUUUUAAUCUUGAGGCAAAGCAUGAAUUUUCCUUGUGUAUUCAUUCAUGUAUAUUUGUGAUUUAUUUACACAGACAUUCGCCAACUCUGUUUUCAAAGGUGCCAAAUUUUCUUGUGAUCGUUUUCGCCAUGCAUUGUUGAGAGACUUGCGGAAGAUGGAUGUUCAACAGCUGUAUCUUCAUCUAGGCUCAAAUGACAUUCUUACGAAUGAAGCGGUGUUUUACCGAGAUGUAGCUGACUUGUGCGAUUUGGUGCAUCAGGAGGCGCACAAUCGGUGUCCAGAAUGCAGGGUUGUUUGCUCCAACGAAGACGCUUUGCUGAGCCACUUCUGCAGUCGCCACAUCAAGCAACCAGAGACUGGAAAAGAGAGUAAAAUUAAGCUGAUAGGCUCACCAAUGAUUGCAUCUGCUAAUCAUGAACUCAACGAAGUCAGCUCAAGGAAGUGGAAGGCAUGCUUGGAAAAUAGAAGUUUCCAUUAUGAAGGAACAUACAAACAUUUCCCACCCACCAUGUGGAUCAAGAUGUUUGGGCUGAUGAUUCUGGGUCGUAUGUGUGGACAAGGUGGUCCUCAUUACAUCAUGAUGCAGCUGUGUAUUCAACAACAUGUUAACCUGUCCCAGCGGAUGUUGAUGCUCUUAAAUGAUGUUGAGAAAAAUCCAGGACCGGUACUUUAUGACAAAAUAUACAUCGUUUAUUGAAUAACUAUAUAUAUUUAUUUUAACAUUAAAGUGAUUUUUUUCUUGCAUUUUUGUGCCUUUUGUUACUGAGAACUAUUUUAUCAUAUGUUGGUGAUUGAAACCCAGGACCUGUAAGUGCUUCUUAAUAUUUGCAACAAAUGACAAAUCAUGUUAAGUUUUUGAAACAUCUGUUUUUUGUUCAGUUAAAGGACAUAUUGAACUCACUAAUUGCUAAGUUAACUUAGAUGCAUCAAGUUUUUAUUGAUGAUUUCUACUUUCUGUUGAAUCAUUAUCCUUUCCAAAGCCAGAGAGAUAUAGUGUUGGCGUUUUCCAUCGGUCAGUCUGUCAGUCCAUCCAUCUGUUUGUUACAAACAAUUUAGGGCUUCAAA